AGGAAAGGCAGAAGUUCGAAGUGAGAAAAUGAGCGGAGAAAUCGAAGAAUCUCUGCCACAAGAGCCUCAAAUAGAAUGCGAGGCAACAGGGUCAGAUGCAGAACAUGAACGAGGAGGAAAACAAGCGAAAUUCGAUGAUGAAGAUAGCGACAACGACUCCACAGUAAGCAGUUCGAACUCGAAUUCAACCCAAGCUUCCAUCGCAGGAAAACGAGGAUUUCGAGGCAAAGGAAGAAAGAAACGAAACUUAGCCUUCAGAUGUGUUAACUUCCUCAAGGUAAAUGAAUUGCGACUAAGUAGAAUUUUUUUCAGCUGUUUCGUGGCAAAUGCUCCUCGCAGGUUAAAAAAGAAUUUAUUUUCCCGCGCAAUGUCAAUUAUUUAUUGUUAACCUGUUUACCACGUGCUUUGAAUUGCGCAUUGAUUGAAAUCACUGCAGCGAGUUCAUUCUGAUGCUCGAGAGAACAUUAGGGACCAUAGGGCAUUGGGAUAUUUUAUUGACUAUUAUGAAAAUGUUAUGCAUGAGAAUCUGCUCAAGUGGAUGGAUUUUAACAGAUUUGUAUGAUUGGUCGACAUGAUCAUGCCUUUAAUUUUGGGACUUUAGCUCGGUGUAAGAACCUGUGAACAUUUUCAUUGCGUCGCACCUUUUUUUUUAGGUUCUAUUUUGUUGAUUUCUUUGUUUCCUUUGUUUUACGUCACUCGUGAGUUUUACAGGUUCUUACACCAAGGAUGAACCAAUUUUAGCUUUUUGGAGAUGCGAUAUAUGGAGGGGUUUUUGAUAGGGUUAAUUGAUUGAUUGAUGACCAUGAUAUUCACCAUUGGUUGCUUACCCCUGUUCUCUCAGCAUGUAUGAGACACAAUGUGCCUUUCACCAUGUGAGGUACAAAUUAUAAACAAUUAUUGGAUGAGGUUUUUGUGAUAUCCAGAAUAAUCAAGGUUGAGGUAAGCGUUAUAGCCAGGCUGAAGGGGAUCUUGUGUAAUUUGUGAACCCUUCAACUGAGUAUCGUUUGGCACUGUCGGCCGUUAUAUCAAGUAUCGGUCGACUGUUGGUCGACAUGUCAAUCAAUAUGUUGGUCUACACUCGACUGAUAUGGCGGUCAGUGUAUCGGCAAACAUAUCGGUUGACAUGUAGACACUAUCGGCCUAUCUGUCAGUCAACAUGUCAGCAUUCUCUCAGUUGACUAUCGCUCAACACAUCAGCGGACAUGUUGACUAAGAGUCGGGUGACGGAUGUCAGUGGAGAGAUCGACCGGGGGUUAGCCAAAAUGUCAACCGAUCAACCGAUAUGGUGACCGAGAGUUGGCUGACAUAUCAGCCAACAUGUCGAUUGAGUAUUGGCCCAUAGUGUCGACCGAUACUCAACUGAGGGGUGCACAAAUUACACAAGAUCCGCUGAAAGCCGAGGCUGAUAACACUUACAGAAACCUACAAUGUAGAUUAUUUUGGAUAUCACAAAAACCGAAUCCAAGGCUGUGCUCUAAGGAAAACUGAAGGGAGCCCAGUGCUUUAACCCUGUAAAAUCUAGGGUGCCCAGCAUAUGAUUUGUACAAAAAACUAAGAUUUUCUAGUUGCCCAAGAACAAAAGUUGUGUGCCAGGGUCCGCGGGGCUCUGCUAGAGCACAGCCCUGGAAUCUAAUGAUUGUUUUAUUAUAUAUUGUUUUGAAGAAAAUAAGGACAAACACACCAUCCAUAUGGAAAACAGUUUGACAUUGCUCAUGCAUUGCGUACACAACCUACAGAUUAGUCUGUUAUCUGCUAGCAGAUAACUAACUAAUCUGUAGGUUGCGCUGAUUUCCAAAAUGCACAAUGGGCUGUCAGCCAAUGAGAAGACAGAUACUGAGUAUGAUAUGUAAUAAUACCAAUGACUGGCAGCCAUGGUUGUCAAGCAGUGCCCAACGACCAAUGGUCAUGAGACCAACAAUAAAUGAAUCCCAUAAUACACAUGUACUGUACCAUGAUUUUUUACAUCUGAACCUUAGUAUCAUAAACAAACCGCAAUGAACUAUGUCUAUCAUUAUUACUUUUGUUUGGCAAAACCCAAACAGUCAAACCUCCUUACAUGUAAUACAGAGCCCUGUAGGAGUUGUACAAACUUUGGAAUACAGCUGAACCUCCAUGUGCGACCCCCUCUUGUAAGUGACCACCUUUCCAAAGCACCAAAAAUUUCCCAGUCAAGGUCUUAUGGUUGGAAUCUAUUGUAAACAACCACCUCUUGUGAACAACUGUGAUCACUUUUAGGAUGACAGUUUUUCAUACGGUUUUUAACCUCUUCUAAGUGACCAUCUGAUAGAAUGCUCUAAUCGUUGUGUUGUCGGUAUGUACUAUGCUACUCUCUUUUGACAGGAAGACCAUAAACAGCCCAUAUUUGCUGUUCAGUUUAACUACAAUGUACCUGAGGGAACAGAAGAUCUCCAUUUGUUUGCAACUGUUGGAAGUAACCGAGUAAGUGAUAUAGAAUAAGGGACCGCUUGCUCUUAGUGGCCCCUUGUAAGUUUAACUUUUGUCUUUGGGUGACUUGGAAAAUCCACGAUGCAUAAUGCGGAGAUUUAGCCAGGUCUUAGAAAGGACACUUUCAUUUAUAUUCUUUUAAUGUUGUUAAAAUAAUAUUUAAGUUUAGCCAUUGUAAAGAAAUCCACAAAUCUAUACUUUACUUUAAGGGGAAGGGUUGGGUGAUUUCAGAAAUCAAAUUAGAAAUUAAAAAAACCCUCUUUCGUCAAGCUAAUAGACUUAAUAGGUUUGCAGCCAAAAAAAUUAUUUAUUUCUUAAUUAUAAGCUUGGAAAAUUAUUCUUUACCCAGACUACAUUACUGACCCCCCCCCCCCACCCACCCACCACACCCCUUUGAGAAGCUAUUGGUCAUCCCCUAAAUUUAAUGUUAUCAAAGGAGGCUUAAAUUCACAACGUCUUCAGUGGCAAAGGUAUAUAUGAUAUCAAGGUUGACAAUUAUUUCCUGUAAACUAGCCUAGUCAACCAAGUACAACUGCUAAUGUUGUGUGUACAUCGGUAGAUCGAGCGGCAGAUCACUUUAAUAAUUUGUGCUGUGUAGGAGGAGAUGUGUGACCGAGAAAGUUGAUAAUUUGGUUUACUGUUUUCUUUUGGUGUAGGUAACAAUCUACCAGUGUGAAGCCAAAGGAGUGGUCAAGCUGCUUCAAGCUUAUGCUGAUGCUGAUGUAUCUUUUGACUGACUUUGCAGUUAGUCUUACCUUAAUUAGUGUUAUUAUUUACUUAUUUAUUCCAACUGCAGACAUUUUGUUGACCUACACUUGAAAUGCACGGUACUGAAACAACAGUCAAACCAUCAUGUGUGACUACCUCUCAUACAUUGUAAGCGACCACAUUUGCCCCGUCAAAUCAAUAAUGAAGACUGUCGUAAACAACCACCUCUCCUAGCAACCACAACCGCUUUUUUGGAUUAUGGUUUCCGACUCUUUCUUUGUUUUUAGCCUCCCAUUUGCAACUAUAAUUUUUGAAGCAUGGUUUCAUCUUUUUGUUUGCUGUACGUACUACACUGUGCAGAGCAUGCAAAGAACUUUUAGUGACAACAGAAAACUACACAUAAAUUAGAAAUUGCAUGCAAUGAUUUCUCUUUCAGAAUGUUGAUGAGUUCAGAAGCCUUCUAGGAUGGGACCACUAUGGUUCAAUUCUUGUCCAUUAAAUGUUUGCAUUUUGUGUGGUUGAUUAUGGAGGUUCAGCUAUACUCUAUUUAUACUGGACACAUUAUUUGCAAUUGAACUAAAACGGCUUCUGGUCACUGGAAAGUAUUCACUGUUUCCAUUGAGCAGUGAUGAUUCAUUUCAAUUUAGACAAGUACAUGUAACAGUAGCUGUUGUCUUUAAAUUAAUUGCUAUCUUUUCAACCUCUAAUCGUCCCAUUGAAGUACAGAGUCAACUAGAAAAAAUUUUAAAUAAAAAUGUUCUCCAAAACAUAAAAGAAGAAAACCAAAUUGCCUUGACUUGUUGCAGCCAGAGGAAAGUUUUUACACCUGCGCCUGGUCAUAUCAUCCUGACACAGGGGAGCCAUUACUUGCUGUUGCUGGGACAAGAGGAAUCAUCAGAUUCAUUAGGUCAGUGCUGUUUUUGUUUUGUUUUUAAACUGUCAAAUUUCAUUAUUUUAGGGGUUUAUUGAGAAAUUUUCCAUACACAUCUUCAAAGUCAUUUUUACCCCACUGAUUAUGAUGUACAUUAAAACUGUAUCAUUCAUCAUGUCAACAUUAUGACUGAGUCAAUUAUUGACUGACAGGAAAUCUACUCUCCAAUCUCCCAAAUCCCACUUUCAGAAGACUUCACAAGUUACAAAUUCCUCACCUGUUUACUUCAUAAUAUCUAUGAUUAGUCUUUACCAGUAUAUCAUGCAGAUAAUUACAUAUGUACUGAAGUUAUAGACUUUUUUUAUUUUAUUUAUUUUUUGCAGUCCAAUUAGCAUGAACUGUAUCAAGGUAAGUGUUAACAAUUUUAGUUGAGAAAGUUGUAAAUUCCAUUGUUGUACAUGUAGCAUUAAAUGAUUGUCUUGUAUUUCCUCUUCAGCAUUAUAUUGGUCAUGGUGGAGCGAUAAAUGAACUUAAGUUUCAUCCAGUGGAUCCUUAUAUACUUCUUUCAGCAAGCAAAGGUACUUGUAUAAUGAAGUGUGGAUGAGAGCUUUGUGACAACUAUUCUGUUGAGUGAUGUAAUAUAUUCUAGAUGGAAUUUUCUUAGUUAUAAAGAAAAAUUAAAAUGUGUACAGUAAAAACUGCAUUAAGCAGACCACAUUUUGGGCGGAGAGGCUGUGCUAUUGAAGGAUCUGUUGGGAGCCAAUAACCUCUUAAAUUUACAAAAAAUCAAAACGGAAUCCAUCAGGAAAUUGAGUAAUUUUAAUUUUCAGUGGACAAAAACCUUGUACCAGAAAAAUUUAAUUGUAUAUCUGUAACCCCUGAAAAAUGUAAAAAGAAAUGCAAUAUGGUUUUGAUUAUUCUGGUACAAGGGUUUUGUCCACUGAAAAUUAAUAUUACUCAAUUUCCUGACAGAUUCCGUCUUAACCCAUUCGCCCUGAACUGCCUGUAACCGCCCGCGCGGAUCCACGUCCCUUCCACCCUUUGUGAUGUCAUCAGUUUUAACGGUCAAGGACAACUUUGUUCGCCAACUUGUGCAGAGUGAAGAGAUCUUUCAAACCAUACCAGAAUGAGCACAAUUCAGUCAAUGACACCGGAGAAAGAAGCAAAAAACCAUGUGACAUUGACCUGAAAAUCUCCAUGAAAAUCUUGUUCCAUUGCUCACCUACCUUUCCUUUCACCUAAUCCUAAGAUCCUAAAAGCUUUCCUAAAAGCUUUUCCCACCAAAAUGAAGCCUACUAAAUGCCCAGCAAGAGAAAAAAAAAUGAGGCAAGAAAAGCGAAAAACGAGGGGAGGAGAGAAAGCGAAAAGUAAAAGUCAAGACUGCUGUGUCACUUUUAAACCCAAAAACCAUCUCGAAAGUUGGUUUCUGCGCAUGCCCGAACUUUGCAAGCUGUUAUUUUGCAUCUGGAUCAGAAGGCCGCCAAGUGUACAACCUGUAAACUGGUUUGUGGUAAGUUUUAGCUCUUUAUAGCACGACAGUGACCAGAAAACCACUUGACUACCUUCAAAACGUGUUUUUCGGCAAAAUCUCCAGGAGCGAAUGGGUUAAUGCACAUAUGAAUAAUUAAAGCAUGUUGACAAAGCAGUUAACAUCUCAGACUUUAGAUCUGUUGGUCUGUCUGUUCAAGCUUCAUCCUUGUGUUCGUUCCUAAGAUAAUACACUUUGCUCCAUUUUGUAUUUAUUUAUUUAUUUUCAUUAUUAACGAGGAAGUUAAACUGUGCUAUUGUUGGCAGAUCACAGCCUGAGAUUAUGGAACAUCAAGACAGAUGUGCUAGUUGCUAUAUUUGGUGGCGUGGAUGGACACAGAGAUGAGGUUCUUAGUACAGUAAGUCAUCAUUAAUAAUGCCGUUUGGAGCUGAUCUCGCUUAUGAAAGUGACAGUCAACCAUUUAUCUUCAUUGUCGUUUAACCUUAUUUUAAGGACUUUGACAUCCUUGGUGAGAAGUUGGUGUCUUGUGGAAUGGAUCAUUCUCUUAAGAUAUGGUCACUGGAAACUGAUGCUGUCAAAAAGGUAAAAUUGAAUCUUGUAUUUGUUUUGUUUUGUCUGUUUGCAUCUCGUCUUAAGUUUUCUUUUUUGUGUGUGUUAUUUGAGAACCAGAUCUUGAACUGUACAAGUUCUCAGUGCAUGUGUAGCUGGCAAAUUCUAGAAUUCAAAGCCCUGUAAAUAACCUUGUAUUGAUCACUGUAAUCGGUCACAUUUAUUGUACAUACAAUGAUCUUUAGUGAGAACGGUGGAGACCGUUGAAGAAAUUGAUCCUAUCAAGUGUCAAGACGAUAAUAAACCGAAAAACCGGAGUUUUUUAAAUGAGUUAUGCUACCUUGUGUCUUGUGAAUAGGCUACCAGCAGUCUCCCUUUUUGUUAGCUCGUUGAGCAAAACGCGCAAGACACAAAAAUUACCGCGCGCGUGACUGAAGGCGUUUCUCGCGUCGAGCGGCAACUCCCCAUUCUAACUCUGAAGAAAAAGAAAGACUACUGCAAGCAGUCUACACUGUGAAUGAUUAAGUAGUGCUCAUCGGGUGUAAAUGAAACAUACCGUUCAAUUUGCCUUUUUGGAUCUUUCCAGUUUGUACUAUUUUUUUGUAAAAUAUCUGUCUGUGAAACAGAUUAAAGCUUGAUGACACCUUUCUCCUGUCAGCUUUAGGAAACGUGAAAAGGUAUCGCUCAUACAUCGAAAUUCUUUUCUUUUUUUUUUCUUAGGCUAUCAAGGAGUCUCAUUGUUAUGAUGCAGGCAACACUGAAAAGUAAGGUCUCUUCUUUGCAUUUACAACUGCUAGAACUAAUAAACAUACUGGCCAUGUCAGCUAUAGCCUGCCUGGGGCGCUCUGGCGGCGGGGCGGGAAACAGGAAGGGGAGCUUGCAAUAACGAUGUGAAAUGCUGAUUGGCGGAGAUGACAUAAGUAAUGACGUCAUCACCCUUGCCAGGUAUUUUUCAACGUUUGCUUACAUUCGCGCUCGUUUGCGCUUUGCGCUGAUUGGCGGAAAUCUGACAGCUCAGUCGACCGUCGACGGGGAGCCACAGGCGAAUUGGACGUGGAAUUCAAAUUCCAGAGACAGAGUUGCAAGCUCUCCUUCCUUUUCACGCCCCGCCGCCAGAGCGCCCCGGAGAGCUUGCUCACAGGAUAUGUCAGCCAUGGAUAUGUUGUGGUUCAAUUUUGGUUUAAUUUUAUUUUCCUUUGUGUUGGGAUAUUGGUAAUGUAUGAUAAUGGUUUGAAACAAAGGAAAAUAAGAUUUAUUCCAAGGAUAAAAUUGAACCACAACAUGUACAACUCUCAAAAGUAUUGACUAUGUGCGUGAAAUCCUAAUGAGUGACGCUGGUAGAUAAAAUUUACUGUGCUUUUUUAGAAGUUGGUGUAAUGUUGAAAUAUGUUUUUUCUAUGCUUGUGAGUGAUGUUCGUUUCUCUUGCAAUUAUUAUAAGAGCUUUCGUGCUGUUGUUACGUCUCGAUCUUCGUCAGAUAAACCUUGUAAAGACGUUCACAAAUGAGUGCUUUUUUCUUGUACCUUUUUGACGGAGAUUGAUUUGAGCAUGUGCGGCUUCAUGGCGCUUAGUGACUGCGGCGUUGAUCGUGUGGUGCAUAGUACUGUUGUUCCUUUUUUGUCUUGGUAUCGUCUUUAGUGAGCUUUUAAGCAAUGAGAACGCUGACGUCCCGGACGUCAUGAAUACCAAGCGGAAAUUCGAUGUCUCGCUUGAUGGAACACUUCACACGACGAUUCUGAAUGCCUUUGUUUUAACUCCCGCUGUACGAAAACUGUCGAGGCUGAGAGAAAUGAAAGAGAGAAAAUAUCAACUUCCGGUUGCUAGUUUUGAGGUGCGGGACGUCAACGUUCUCGUUGCUUAAGGUCUCUCCCCAGACCAACGUCGUUUCUCGAAAGUCCCGGUAACUUUUCGGGCUGGAAGUCAAAUAUUCAGAUCAAAAUCUAAAGAACAGGAGCACAGGUCCUAGCUAACAAACCAGUCCAUUUUGUUUUGUUAACUAAUAGUUUUAUCAUGUUAUCUCUGCCACGCAGACUAGGGGCUCGUUAAUUAUCGGGACUUUAGAGAAACGGGCCUCAGAGGUGUAAGCGUAAAUUAGCACAGAAUAGAAGUACUGUUGUUUGUUGCCGCUUGUUGCUCGUAUUGCCUGCCUAUGGCUCGUACGGCUGUACAGAUUAACUGAUUUGCAAAGUUACUUCACUGUUGUAUUUCAGAGCGUUUUCCUCGAUCAAGGUCCAUUUUCCGGAUUUCACGACACGUGACAUCCAUAGAAACUACGUCGACAGUGUUCGUUGGUUUGGUGAUCUUGUCCUGUCUAAAGUAAGAUGUUUUUUACAUGACGUAUACAAUCAAGUCGUGUAGUAGUAGAGUGCAGCCUUUAAAUCUAAUGCAGUUUGUUUCUUAAGAAAAUUUUACAAUCUAUAUUCCCUACGCAGCCGUUGGCUGUUUUAUCCGCUCAAAGUCCCUCCAUUUAUUGAUAUUGCAUUCAUUCAAACCUACGUUCAUAUAAUAUUUCUUUAAUACUACUUUGUCUUUCUUGGCCAUCUAAAGUAGAAUAAAUUCCGGCCAACUUUUCAGGAAUUGAGCGAAUACUAGAAUUUUGUCCCGUUCCCUUUGACCUAAAAACCUUGCCUUCCGACUCUUUGCGAGUAGUUAUUUUCCAAAGUUAGUGAAGAAGCAGCCAUCUCGCAACGAAGGAGGGAGGAGGAACCCGCGAGGUAUGAGGGUGUUAGCCUGAGAAGAAUGUGUUUUAUUGUUAUUUUUUUCUCAGACCAACGUCCUCAUUUCUUGACCCUCGCGGCUUGACCUCAUGUGUCACGUGUGGUACCCCCACUAACUUUGAUAGAAAACAAGAACGUACUCACAGUCUGUGAUGUUUGUCGAUUGUGUUCAAUUAUUUACUUCAACUCUUGGAAGCUUUAAUCGAUAUGGGUGUUAACCUGGUGCAUUUCCUUUCAGUCAUGUGAAAACUGUAUUGUUUGUUGGAAGCCGCAAGAAAAAUUUGAGGACAUUUUCAAAGGGGUAAGAUAAGCUAACUAAGGGAACUGUAUUCCAUUCCCAGGAUGCCAUUAAGGUUUAGAAUAAAUUAAUGAAUCGUGAAGUGCGAAGGGUUAAAAUAUGAUUAGGUCAGACCUUACUGAAAAAAUAAUAAACCGGCAAAGCCAGGCAAAGGCAAUCUUUUCUUUAUGAACUGGUCAGGGAAUUAAAGGCGGGAAAAACGUGCUAACCUGAUGAAUUAGGUUCGUGUUUAUAGGAACUGGUAACGUAUCAAUAGGGAGGGCGUGGAAUAGGCUUCAACACAACCAUUUGAAUAUACGUUUUUACUGCAAGUUCGUCAUCAAAAUAACUUUGUUUUAACUAUUACUAUUUCUCACCUUCUACAAUGUGAAAUUGAUGUCGUCCUUUGAAAUUUUGUAGCGUCUUUCUGCACGUACCGUCAUCACAAAAGAAUUAAAGGAACCAAACAAAAGAGCUCUCUUGAGGGCUUUAUUGUUUGGUUGUAUUGUUUCUUUGUUGUACGUAAUUUGUAAUCUGUGCCUCGGUACCUACAGAAGUAAACCAUUUUCUAGACAACUCAUACACUCUUCACAAAGCGAUUUUUUUUUAACCGAGAGGUUACAUUUAAUCAAACCUUAUUUAAUUCGAUAUUCUCUUUGUUCCCAGCCUUUCAAUUCGGAGCGAAGCGUUACCAUGCUUCAUAGGUAAGUAAAGUGAUCACAUUUUGCUGAUCAUUCAAUCGUAGAUUGCUACAGGUAUUUCCCUAAAUGGCUUUAAAACUACUUAUUUCUGCAUUUUUCAAUUCCUUCGUCAGAUUUGAGUUUUCUCAGUGCGACAUAUGGUACAUGAGAUUCAGUUUAGACUAUGAACAGAGGGUAAGAAAAUCACAUGUGUCGGUUAGUUUAAUUUAAUCAGAAUAGAUGCUUCCUAAAACAAAUCUUGGAACGUUCCAUGAUAGGCUUUGUUCAUCGUUCGUUCAAUUUUGUUUUUUUAUACCAACAAAAUAAUUCAUUUAGUCAUCACCGCGUCGAUUUGUUGUGUGUUCUGUUUGGUUUCGUUGGCCCCAUUAGUUUUAAACUUAAACUGGAGACCUUUCAGACAAAAUGGAGAACAUUUAUUAUCAAACCCCUCCCCUUUUGCUCCGUAUCCUUCCGUGUCAAUGAUAUUCCUGUUGGUUGCAUUUUGUGUAUGUUAUUUUAUUUUACUUUAUUUUUUUAAUCCAUCUCAAAAAAGUGGCCGUAACGUGAGUGUCGGUGUUUCUUUGGAGGGAGAUGUGAAGGGAAGGAUUACCUUCCUUUCGCAUUGUUCUCCCUCUCCGGCUUCCCUGCAGAAAAGCCUGAUGCUCAGCCUAUACUAGCCUGGUCCCAGGCUGAGCCUGUAGAACACGUGUAGCUGUACUCUCCUCCUCCCCAUCCCUGGGGGUACGUUCCUGCAGUGCGUAGUUUUUGCUAGGGAGAGUGCGGGGUUACUAUCGAUCCAACAGUCCAACACGUGCUGAUUGUAAAAAAUGAUUAAUGAAUCCAAUGAUUUAAUGGUUGCGUCGAAUUUAUUUACAGCUCAUGGCUGUUGGAAAUCAAACAGGAAAGACGUUUGUUUGGGAUAUCGGUGUGGAAGAUCCAAGGAAAGCAAGGUAACACGUUUUAAUUUCUCACUGGAUAUCACGUUUUACCAUUCGCUCCUUUCCUUGAUUUGCUAUCCCGCCUGACUAUUCCGAGGGAUUGCCCACACAGCCUGGUUCCCAGGCCCUCUCCUCUUCUGGGUAGAGGUUACUCCUCGCAGUCUAAGUUUGGUUGUUCGAAACAAAUUGCGAUGCUUCAAAAGAGCAGAAUCUUUUCUCCCAGGUGCCUAACUGAAGUCAUGAGUAGACGUCUUGCUGAACUUUUUAGUUACAAUAUUGAGUUUUUUAUUUGCCCAGAUCAACAACGUUGGUUCACAACAAAUGUGUUUCAGCCAUUAGGCAGACGGGCUUCAGCAAAGAUGGCAGGUUAGUGAAAGGCAAAAAGAUCAAUGUAGGUUUUUGGGAAACUGACCACCUACCCCUCCCCUAAGCCAACAUUUUGCCCUAAGUGAGAACUAAGUGUUAAUAUUGACUUAAGGGAGGGUGGAUGGUCAGUUACUCAGAAACCUCGAUUAUCCCUUACUAUCUUUACUUUUGAGGAACUGGCAUCAAACUUAGGUGAUUUUUUGUCUAACAAUACUUCAUUUCCUCGAGUAAGCGUCUCUUUUAUCACCCUCACCCCUUAGAACAAAAGAAAUGUGAUGGUGAAUUUUUAGCCUGUUGAAUAAGUGAGAAAGACAUUUUUUUUUUUUUAAGUCAGUGACAUAUACGGCUCGGAACCAAGUACUCUCAAUAGGAGUCAUGCGCACUGCCUUAAUUCUGUUUGUAAAUAUCGCGGCUCUGGGCUGGCUCACUACACAUAAUAGGCUGAUUUAGCAACAGAACGGGAACGUCAGUUCACGACGGCGCGCGCAAAUCAAACAAGUGGCUUGACCAAUGGCAGAGCGGCAAAUUGAGCACCGGAAUUCGUGUUUAGUCCUUUCCGCGCGCUUUCCCGUCGUCAACUGACGUUCCCGUCCUGUUGCUAAAUCAGCCUAGUUAUCAGGAUUACAGUCACCUCGGGCCCUCGUCAAACCAAGCCAGUUCAGCCCAGGCCCUUUCUCGUUUACCUUAGCACAUGCAUUGUUUGACCGGGAAACAAAACAAACCAACAACUGAACAAGCGCCUUAUUCUGAUUAGCUGAUAUGAGGUGCAUCGGUAUUUCAAGGUUGGCAACUGCACAUUGAAAAGACUCUUAAAAAAACAAAGAGCUUCUUUCUCUGAAACCACUGACUUCUUUCAGUUUAAUUUGUCGUAAUUUGUUUGUCUUUUUUUGGUUUCUCUUUUGACUACAGGAUUUUAAUCUCUGUUUGUGAUGAUGGCACACUGUGGAGAUGGGAUAGAGUCAGAUAACAACUUCCUUUUUUCCAACCGGAUCUUGUCGCUUUUUUGUAUCAUAACGCCCUAUUUUUGCACUGUAUAUUCUUCUCUAACACCGAAACCUUUGCGCAGAAUUAAAA